AUGGUACGAUUCUUUCCAAAUCCCUACGAGGAUUACCAGCCGGGUUCUACGCUAAUAAAACAAGAUACUGUUAUUAAGAAUAUAGAGGAACAUGUAGCCGUAAUAACAAAGAGACUGCAGCCCUCCCAGAGGAGUGUUGACGGCGGUCUUUAUGUUGGAGUCACAGGGGUAUCUUAUAUGUUUUAUUGCCUCGCAAAAAAUCCUAUACUAUCAGACAAGAAGUCAUAUUUUAUAGAGAAAAGUCUCGAGUAUCUACAACCCGCUUUAGAGUGUUCAGCGGGAGACAAAACUUCGUUCCUACUCGGCGACGCGGGCACAUAUGCUUUAGCCACUGUUAUUAGGAAGGAAGCCGGCAAUGACCUCUUUCAAGAGUCCCUUAAGCAAUAUAAGUCUCUAUAUAGUUUAUAUCUGAGCCCAAAAUUUCUAAAGUGUGGCGGUGACGAGUUUUUCGUUGGCCGCGCAGGCUAUUUAGCUGGUUCGUUAUGGAUUAGUCGCGAAUUAAAAACUCCAAUUUUUACAAAUGAAGAGCUAUAUAAAAUAUGCGAUAUAAUGUUUCAGUCAGGUAAAGAUUAUUCUAAGAGUCAUAAAAGUCCCUGUCCACUAAUGUAUCAUUAUUAUAACACUGAAUAUCUUGGAGCGGCGCAUGGCAUCAGCUUUAUAUUGCAGAUGCUGUUAACUGUACCUGGUUAUGUAGACUAUAACAAGGCUGCCGCUCAAGACAUAAAAUCAACAGUUGAUUUUAUAGCUUCAUUACAGACUCCAGAAGGUAACUGGCCAUGUUGCAUGGAAGAAAUAGGAAUGUCCGAUCAUAAAUUGGUACAUUGGUGUCACGGUGCACCAGGAACAGUAUACCUAAUGGCCAAGGCUUUCCUUAUGUAUAAGGAUCAAAAAUAUCUCAAUGCAUGUAAAAAGGCAGCUGAAGUAGUUUGGCAGAAAGGGCUCCUACGUAAAGGCCCUGGUAUAUGUCAUGGUGUGGCCGGCAAUGGGAUGGUAUUCCUGCUGCUUUACAGAUUAACUGGUGAUGACAAGUAUUUGCAUAGAGCAAAGUCGUUUGCUGAUUUCAUGAAUACAGAUGAGUUUUUAAGAGAUGCCCGCUUGCCAGAUAAUCCAGAGAGUUUGUAUGAGGGAACAGCAGGCACAGUUUGCUAUUUAUCUGACAUCCUAAUUCCAGAUAAAGCGGAAUUUCCCUUCCAAGAUGUAUUUUCCACAUACACCUUUUAA